UGGGGAUGCGUGCAUUCUUCUUUUUUGUUUAUAAGAGAAAACGCAUCUAAGCCCAACCAAUCAGAUCGCUUCCUUCCAACUAACUCUCUAGCUGAAUAAUCUUCGCACGUGUCAGCCUCGACUCAACCACCACUGACAUCGGCAUCGCAAUCUCCGCACGUGCCAACCAUUCCGAUGGCCAUGUCCGUCGAUCUCAACGACGUGUCCGAUUUCGAAGCCUUAGCCUCCGACGUUUACAUCUCCAUAUGUGGCUACGGUUCUCUCCUCUCCGAGACAAGUGCCAGAAGCACAUUCCCGGACCUCGUUAACUUCCGAAUCGCCAAGUUAACCGGCUUCCGCCGUGUCUUCACGGCGGUCGGAGGCUUCUUUUUCACUCACGCCGUCGCCAACAUCAAAACUGAGGAAAUUGCAGGCCUAUCUGUUGAGCCAUGUGAAGGUGAAACCAUUCUGGUCACUGUUUUUGAGAUUAAGAAAACAGAGAUUCCAGCCUUUAUUGAAAGGGAGCGCGAAUAUCGCUUUUUAGCUGUUAUCCCUGAAUCACUAGAUGGGAAGUCUUUUGCCAAUCCAGCAGUCCUUUGUGCUUCUUGCACCGAUGAGGAUUUCUUUAAAUUUAGAUGCAGUGAGGGCAGAGAAAUAUAUUUUCAACAAUAUGGAGAAUAUAUGAACCAUAAGAUUUGGCGGGAUGAUGUUUUACCAUGCCGUGUUUAUCUUCGUCACUGAUAAUCAUUGCAAACAUCUUCUAGAGAUUUGCAACAGACAUUUCUCUGGGGCGCUGGGGAGAUUGGUAUCAACUUCAAACAUGAUUAUUAUUCUUAAUAUCUCAAGUUGGCAAACCAUAUGUAUAUUACAAUACUUGUUGUCUUUUUGUGCUUUGUCUUUAUGAUCUUAAUGUGGAAGGACUAAAAUAAAUUGUUUUGUAGCCCCAAUACCAAAACAAAGCGAUUUGUUUUUGUAGCCCUUAGUUCGGGAAAGGGGUUGUAUGUCUCCGUUAUCUGCGGCAUCCAACUUUAUGAAUUAUCUAGCUCCUCCACGCUUUACUUUUAAUGAUUGGAAAUUGGAAUAACUGUAGUAAGCAAUUUUAUUUGAUAUGAGAGGUAUCCAUUGAUUCCAAUGCACAUUAGCUUAUAAACGCUAUCUGUUAGAUGAUAUUUGUAGGAUAUAUUAUAAUG